GGGGUCCUAGAGGCAGGUUCUGAGCUUGGCGCGGUGUUUUCUAGCGCAUCCCGGCUGCUGUGUGGUGGGUGGCAUGUCUCGGCCAAAUGGGGUCGCGCGUGGGGACACGGGGGGAGAUGGCACUGCUGCUGCCGGCGCCUUCAGCUUCAGCCCGGAGCCCACGCUUGAGGACAUCCGCCGCCUCCAUGCUGAAUUUGCUGCUGAACGAGACUGGGGCCAGUUCCACCAGCCUCGGAACCUCCUACUGGCCUUGGUGGGGGAAGUGGGGGAGCUGGCAGAGCUCUUUCAGUGGAAACCUGAUGAGGAGCCUGGCCCCCAAGCCUGGCCCCCCAGGGAACGGGCAGCCCUUCAAGAGGAGCUUAGUGAUGUCCUCAUCUACCUGGUGGCAUUAGCAGCACGCUGCCAUGUGGAUCUGCCCCAAGCGGUGCUCUCCAAGAUGGACAUCAACCGGCAGCGCUACCCAGCACAUCUGUCCCGUGGCUCUGCCCUCAAGUAUACAGACUUACCCCAUGGGGCCACCUCUGAAGACCAAGCUGGGGGGCCUGCAGACCUUGCCUGUGAGUCCACAGGCCAGGCCUCAACCUAGAACCAUGCGCACAGGACCUGCAACUCGGCGUGGCAUCUGAGAAGCAGAGAGUGGCCUGGUCACGGAACUUUUUCUAGUCCUUUCCUAAUAGGUCAUGGGCCAAGGGGCCCUACUUCCUAAGGCCUGAGGCCUGAGAACCUCCAGAAGACAGCCUCCUGGAAUUUUCUCUCUCAAUAAAUGUUUUGGUUAGCAACUUCUAGAUUCUUU